AUGCCUGCCGCCAUUGUCACGGGUGCUUCUCAAGGCAUCGGUCGAGCCAUUUCCUUACGUUUAGCAGAUGACGGCUUCGACGUAGCUGUGAAUGACAUCGCCGGGAGACAUUCUGAGCUCCAGAGUCUCAAAGCAGAAAUCGAGUCUAAAGGUGUGUAUCUCAUCUACCGGGUUGGCGAUGUAAGCGUAGAGGAGGAUGUGAACCAAUUGGUUGAGGCAACUGUUGAAGCUCUUGGCCACUUGGCGGUCAUGGUCGCAAAUGCGGGUAUAAUGCUCACGAAAGGGAUGAUGGACCUUACGAUGGAUGAAUGGGAUCGUGUUCAAGCUGUUUGCGCCCUCCCCCCCCCGCUUCUUGCGAUAUUAACUCGAGCUUACGGUGCAAAGGUCAAUGUCAAGGGUGUUUUUCUGUGCUACCGAGCUGCUGGUCGACAGAUGAUUGCCCAAGGCAACGGGGGAAAGAUUAUUGGCGCAUGUUCUAUCUCGGGUUAUCGGCCGCAACCGACUGCCAUUGCCUAUUCAGUGAGCAAAUGGGCCGUUCGAGCCUUGACCCAAGCGACGGCCAUUGAAUUCGCCCCCCAUGGCAUUAACGUGAAUGCUUAUUGCCCUGGCAUCGUCAAAACACCGAUGUGGGAUCAAAUCGAUGACAACUUUUCAAGUGUUCAUGGCGUACCAAAGGGCCAUGCCUUUGAGCAAGCAGUCCAAUCGCGCUCUGCGAUGAAAAAGCCUCAGACUCCAGAGGAUAUUGCCGGCUGCGUCAGCUUCCUUGCAAGUAAAGACUCCGGUAUGAUAACUGGACAAAGCAUCAUUAUUGAUGGGGGCAUUCAGUUCUCUUGA